GGAGGUGUGUGGCUGUGUUCUGUAGCCUGGUGCUCCGGUGUGUAACUUGGUGCUCCGUAUUCCUGACGUGACGAGGACGAUAUUGUUCAUUUCCCCUAGUUAGGGAUAACGUAAGGAUGUGGAGUAUUCAGGUGCUACUGACAGUGAUGGUGGUGUGGCGUCCACCAUUGUCUUACAGUCUUCAGUACUCUGAGAAUACCAGAGCAGACCGCUUCCUGUCGUUGUUCACGGUGGUGAGGUUCAAGAACAGUGAGUGCAAGAGCCUGGGCAGCGACGUGGGUAUCUGUUAUUCAUACCCUGAGUGUCGUCGGGGCGGCGGGCACGGCUCUGGCCACUGUGCUGAGGGGUACGGCUCCUGCUGCAUCACCACACUUGGGUGUUCCUCCAGCACCUCCAACAACUGCACCUACGUGGAGAGUCCUGGCUACCCGUCCACCUUCAACGACGCUGCCACCUGUACUCACACCAUCACCUUCGCUGCUAAUGUCUGCCAGGUCAGGAUGGACGUAGUGGAGGUGGAUCUGGCUCCUCCCACCACCCAGGGUAACUGUAUCGACGACGGGCUCACCUUCUCCCAGGACAUUAAGUGGGAGAAAGUGUGUGGCACCACCACCGACACCCACUUUUACCUGGAUGUGGAUUCGAGUGUGAGCACCUCCCUCACUCUGACCUUCAACACGGGCACCGCCUCCUACCCUCGCAAGUGGAAGGUCAGGCUUUGUCAGCUUUGCUGCGACCAGAUCUCCUUAGCUCCCUCUGGGUGCGGCCAAUACUUCACCGUCCCCGCCGGGACCAUUAAGGGCUGGAACUACGGAGGGAUCUACCUAUCAGGCCAGAACUACGCCAUCUGUGUCAGAAGGGAACUCAACAAGUGCUCGGCGCCGUUUACAAUACCGUUACAAGGCCCCAACUACAUGUACCUGGUGACCAAGGACGCCUCCAACGACCACUCUAUUGCCACCAACAUCUACUACAGCUUCACCCAGAACUCCUGCUGA